CUUUCUUCCCUCUCUGAUCUCUCUGCUCUCCCCUCUGUCUCUCCCUCCCCUUUCCUCCCUUCUCUCUCCUUUGCUCUCUCCCAUUCUUUCUUCCCCCUCUCUGAUCUCUCUCUGCUCUUUCCCUUUCUCUAUCUCUUUUCCUCCCUCUCCCCCUCCCUCCCCUUUUCUCUUCCUCCCCUUCCCUCCCUUCUCUCUCUUCCUCUCUCCUUUGCUCUCUCCCAUUCUUUCUUCCCCCUCUCUGCUUUCCCUUUUUCUAUCUCUCUUCCUCCCUCUCCCCCUCCCUCCCCUUUUCUCUUCCUCCUCUUUCCUCCCUUCUCUCUUCCUCUCUUUUGCUCUCUCCCAUUCUUUCUUCUCCCUUCUCUGAUCUCCCCUCUUUCUGUCUCUCUCCCUCCCUCCCCUUUUCCUCCCUUCUCUCUCUUCCUCUCUCCUUUGCUCUCUCAUUCUUUCUUCUCCCCUCUGAUCUCUCUGCUCUCCCCUCUUUCUGUCUCUCUCCCUCCCUCCCCCUUUCCUCCCUUCUCUCUUCCUCCUUUGCUCUCUCCCAUUCUUUCUUCCCCCUCUCUGAUCUCUCUCUGUUCUUUCCCUUUUUCUCUCUUCCUCCCUCUCCCCCUCCCUCUCUCUUCCUCUCUCCUUUGCUCUCUCCCAUUCUUUCUUCCCCCUCUCUGAUCUCUCUCUGUUCUUUCCCUUUUUCUCUCUCUUCCUCCCUCUCCCUCCCUCCCCUCUCUCUUCGUCUCUCCUUUGCUCUCUCUCUCUCCCAUUCUUUCUUCCCCCCUCUCUGAUCUCUCUCUGCUCUUUCCCUUUUUCUGUCUCUUUCUCCCUCCCCGUCUCUUGUCUCUCUGUCUCCUCCAUCCCUCCUUUGCCAUUUGGACCUCUCGACCUCAUUCUCUGUGGAGAGCUUGAGCCCUUGCCAGGGCAGGUGGGAAAGGAAUCACAAUCCUCCUCUUCCUCCCUCCAUCUUUUCUGGGUCUCUGUCUUUCCCCUGCCCCAUCUCUGUCUCAUCUACCUUCUCUUCCCCAUGCCCUGUCUGGCUGACCAUCUGGCCUUCCUUGCACCCUGUUUUGGGGCCCCAGAGCACUCUCCCAUCUCCCAGGCUGCUCUCUCCUCUUACCCAAGGGGUUCCCCUCCCUCUUUGCCCUUCUCUGGCCAGCUUUCACUGGGAAGCCCAUGUGGUAUCUCUGUCCUUCCCUCCUCCUCGGGGGUCCGGUCCCAGGCCAUCCCCCGCUAUCUAGGCCUCAUCUCUCUCCUCUUCUCUCCUGCAGUGCCAAGCCUUGCUGCGGCCAUGCCUCCUGCCCUGUUCCUGUGUCCCCUCUUCUUGGCCUCUGCCCUGGGCCCAGCCCUGGCCUUGGCUCACCUGCCCAACAACACCAGCUUGGCAGCCACAGGCCCCCUCCCGGCCCUGCUGGCCCACCUGCGCCGGCUGACAGGGACUGUGGCUGGGAGCAGUGGGGGGAGCAGCGGGGCGCCGGCCAACAGCACCUCAGGGGGUGGAGGGCAGGCGGCUCGGGCCCCCCUGCCCGCAGAGCUGUGCCAUGGCUACUACGACGUCAUGGGCCAGUACGACGCCACCUUCAACUGCAGCACAGGCUCCUUCCGCUUCUGCUGUGGCACCUGCUAUUACCGCUUCUGCUGUGAGCACCGCCACAUGCGCCUGGCCCAGGCCUCCUGCUCCAACUACGACACCCCAGUCUGGGCCUACACGCCCCAGCCCUCUGGCGCUGGCGGGGCAGGGGCCGGCGGGGACGGGGCGGGGCCCGGCCCGGGCCAGACCGGCUGGCUGGAUGGGAACCGGGCAGGGGCUGGGGCUGGGGGUGCCGGAGGCCGGGGCGGCGAGGGCCCAGGGGGCAGCACGGCCUACGUGGUGUGUGGCGUCAUCAGCUUCGCCUUGGCUGUGGGUGUAGGUGCCAAGGUGGCCUUCAGCAAAGCGUCCCGGGCCCCCCGGGCUCACCGGGAGAUCAACGUGCCCAGGGCCCUGGUGGACAUCCUGAGGCACCAGGCCGGGCCAACCACCCGCCCAGACCGGGCCAGGAGCAGUUCCUUGACUCCAGGCCUGGGGGGACCUGACAGCAUCCCAUCCCGCCCACCCAAAAACCUCUAUAAUCCUGUCAAGGCCUCCAACCACGACACCCUGCAUCAUAACUACAUCCAUCUCAACGUGAACAGCCCCAAGCAUCACGCUGCCACCCUGGACUGGCGGGCACAGCCUCCGCCCAGCCCGGCUCUCCAUUACUCGACCCUCUCGUGCUCCCGCUCCUUCCACAACCUCUCCCACCUGCCCCCGUCCUACGAGGCCGCCGUCAAGUCUGAGCUCAGCAGAUACUCUUCCCUCAAGAGGCUGGCCGAGAAGGACCUGGACGAGGCCUACAUGAAGAGGCGGCACCUGGCCGGGGAGCUGCCCCGCGGGACGCUGCCGCUUCAUGCCAUGCGCCGGCCGGGCACCGGGGGCGGGGGCUACGAAGGCUGGGGCAGCCCCGAGGAGGCGGCCCCCGUCCCCAACCCCCGGCGGGUCAUGUCUCAGGAGCACCUGCUGUCGGACGGCGGCCGCGGCUCCCACUACGAGUUCACCCUGCCCAGGGCCCGCCUGGUCUCCCAGGAGCGCCUCCUGCUCUCGUCCCCCGAGGCCCUGCAGAGCCAGGAGCGGCUCCUGUCGCCCCCCCGGAGCCCCGCCCCCCCGCCCGACCCUCCUCGGGGUGGCCUGGCAGCCUCACACACCAACCUGCUCCUGGGGCCCGGCCCCCCCACGCCCCUACACGGCCUGCCGCCCCCCCUCCAUGCCCACCACGCCCACCACGCCCACCACCUGCGCCACGGCCUGCCCGCCUGGGGGGGGAUGGGGCCGGAGGCGGGGGGCGGGGGCACCCUGGCACGGAGGCCCCCCUUCCAGCAUCAGGGGGGCCUGGAGACCCUCCAGUUCAUCCCGGGCCACCACCACCCUCAGCACCUUCGCACAGCCAGCAAGAAUGAGGUGACGGUCUGAGGGGGGGAAGCCUUCCCUCCAGAGGCGCCCAGCCAGCGGCGCCAGGGCCAGGCUCCGGCCUCCGGCCUCCAGAGGCUCCAUCCCGCCUGUGACAUCACCUCCAGAGGUUCGGGCCUCUACAUGACCCUCCCCCUCCAAGAUGCCGCUUCCAGAUGCUCCACCUCUUCCUCUGGGUGACUGUAUCUCCUGAGGCUCUUCCUUCCAGUGACGUCGGCAUCCCUCCUGUUCCCACUUCUUGUGACAUCACUGCCAAAGCCUUGUGACAUCAUCUCCAAAGCCCCGCCCCUUCCCAGGACACCAUUCCCAUAGGAUUCAUUUCCCCAUGAUGUCAUCUCCAAAGCCCCGCCCCUUCCUGUGGCAUCAUUGCCAGCAGUUCCCAUGAUUCCUGAGGUGCUAGAGGCUAAUUGACUCCCUAGGCUCCUUCCCCCCUGCUGGAUGCCCUCCUUCCUGUGAUGUCAUCUCCAAGUCUCCAGUUCUGGAGGCUGGACCCUUCUGUGGCUGAAUCCCUUCCUGGGGCGCCCCCCUCCCUUGUUCGCUGGGGAUGCCUCUCUGCCGAGGGCCGAACCUCUUCCUGUUCCUGUGAUGUCCGGCCGUCAGCCUCCACUUCGAGACAGACUCCGAGACUCCGACUCUUCCUGGGAUCUUGGCGAGGGGGUAGGGCCUGGGCAGGAGCAGAGCAUGAGUCCCGGCCUCUGACCCCCCUCCCGUCCAUCCUCUCCAGGGCCUCCUCCUCCUCCCCUGACGUCCCAUGAAGGAGUCGGGGCAGAAUGGCGGCCGUCCUUACCUCGACCUUCUCCAAAUGGUCUUGCAGCCUGUGCCGGAGACCUCCAGGCGCCCGACCCGACCCUCUUGUGGCGGCCAUGACAGCAGGGAGCCCUUCCUGUUAUCAAGAUUACAUCCGCCUCUUUGCUAGCUUCCCCCAUUGCCUCUAGACCAGGCCUCAGUGGGCAAGUAGGAUGAAUCCAAUUCAUUCUCCCCAUGACUGCCCUCGAAAUACUUGAAGACAGCCCUGACGUCCCCCAGAAUCUCCAGGCUAACUGGCACUUGUUCCUUGGACCCAUCUUCCCUGUCCUCUGGACAGCCUCCAAGUGAUCCAUGUCCGGCUUCCCUGUGCUUCUGGGUGGCCUGAGCAGGGGGGCACCCCUCCCCCAGCACCAGUGACCCGUGUCCUCCUGGGCUGCCGGAUGGACUCAUCCUCCUCGAGCCCUGGAGUCUGCGGGAGGUUCUGGGGCCCAGAGGUGUCCUGGAGGAAAGAACCUCGUUUCUCUUUACCCCUCCGCCCCCGUUUUAGUAGGCAUCCCCCAUCAGCGGGGGCGUGGCAUGACGGCACCCCCUGGAUGCUCGAUGCCCGCUGACAUCACUGCCUCUUUCCGAGGGUCUCCAGGGGUGAUGUCACCACUGCUAUCUAGCCAGCCGCCUCAAUGAUGUCAUUGCCUCCCUCCCGGGCAGCCCCCAAAGAUGUCAUGGCUGCCACCACCUCCAGGACCCCUUCCCCCAUUGUCUUGGCGGUCACCGCUUCCUGGUCUGGCCAGCCGGGACCCCCUGGACCCAAGCAGAGUGGAGGCGGCCUAUCUCUGCCCAGAACAGUCACUUCCUCUUGGAACGUCCAUCAGUGACUUAAUUCUCCCUUCCUGUGGGCUAUUGCCCGCUUUGGACUUGGCCAGUCCUCAUCGGGGGUCCCUGCCCACUGCCAAGGGCAGGAAGGGCCCCUCCUCGUCAUACCACUGCCUCUUCGUCCUCACUGCCGCGAUCUCAGACCCCUCUGACUGCCUUGACCUCAAACAAUCCCAUCCGGGCCUCGGGGUUGUGUUUGGGGGUGAGGGGAUGGGCAGAGUGAAGCCUGGAGGACAGCAGGGGAUGGGGCCGGCCGAGGCGUCUCCCUUUUUCUCUCCCCCAGGGAGCCUUUCUGGUGUUUGGGGGUUCUCCCCCAUUCCCAAUGCACAACUCAUCCUCCCCCUUGUACAUAGCCAUGAUUUGGGGGUGCCUAUACCCCAACACUAAAGGGCUAAAAAAACCCUCCCCCAGCCCGCGGGGCAAGGUGGGAGGGCUCUCCCCAGUUUGUCCCCAGUCAGCCCCCCAAUGCCUGCACUUCUGCCCUCAAGCUCCAUCUGCGCCUUGAUGGUGAACCCAAGCCCUUGACAGGGCAGGGAAAGGAGCUGGGUGGGACUCCCCACAGGCCUCAUGGCAGGACUCCUUUUCUACGGGACUCUUGGCCCCUCGUCUUAUGCCGAGGCCUUCCUCGCCCUCCUCCAGUCUCCGGAAGAGUCCGGGGCCCCGCCAUCGUUCUGUCUCCCACCCAGACUCUGGUCCGCCCCCCUCCUUCCCUCGGCAAGGACCCAGGCGGCAAACCGCCCUAUCUGCCUGGGCUGGCCGUGCCCCUUAGACAAUUAUAAGCCAUAAUGGGGAAGGGCCAGGGCCAGGGGACCAGAAGGGGGUGGAGGAGGCCUUUAGGAGCAGAGCAAAGCCCAGGACAUGCAGUCUCUCCCACUCCCCACAAUUGCUUUCCACCUUUUCUGUGCUGUGAUUGCAGGGGAUGGAGGCAGAGCUCUUGGGGAGAGGACUCUCCCUCCCGUUUUCCUCUCUUUGCUCUGCCUCCUCGGUGAAGCCAGAGUCAUUGUAUCUUUGGGAUUUUUGGAAUAAACAGGUGUUUUCCUG